AUGGCUCUCCCGGGCCGCGGCAGGUUACUUACCUCGCCGUUCCUUUCCCUCGUGAUCCUCCCAUUCUUGAUUUUCCUCGUCAGUUUCACCAGUCCAGCUGCCGCAGCCGGAUCAGCAGUCCUCGGUCUUGAUGUCGGCACCGAAUAUUUCAAGGCCACCCUAGUGAAGCCCGGUAUCCCCCUCGAGAUCGUGCUCAGCAAGGACUCGAAGCGGAAAGAGUCAGCCGCCAUCGCAUUCAAGCCGACAAGAGAGAGCGAUGCCCCCUUCCCCGAACGGUUCUACGGUGGUAACGCGCUGGCCCUGGCGGCUCGGUUCCCGGACGAUGUGUACAUCAACUUGAAGACUCUCUUGGGCGUGUCUUUCAACGAUGGAAACGAUGAGGCGGUCAAGGGCUACUGGAGCCGGUAUCCAGCUUUGAAUCUUGAGACUGCUCCCGAUGGUCGCGGCUCUGUUGCGCUGCGUAGCAAUCGUCUCGGCGAGGUGCAAAAGAAGGAUGCGUUCCUGGUCGAGGAGAUCCUGGCUAUGCAAUUGAAGGAGGUCAAGUCCAAUGCUGACGCGCUGGCUGGUAAGGGCUCUGAUGUCCGCGAUGUGGUCAUCACGUACCCUGCUUUCUACACUGCGGAGGAGAAGAGAAGCCUGGCUCUGGCUGCCGAAUUGGCUGGUCUGAAGAUUCAGGCCCUUGUUAGCGAUGGUCUGGCCGUGGGUCUGAACUACGCUACUAGCCGCAAGUUCCCCAGUGUGUCGGAUGGCGAGAAGCCAGAAUACCACGUCGUCUUUGAUAUGGGUGCUGGAUCGACCACCGCCAGCGUAUUGCGUUUCCAGAGCCGCAAGGUCAAGGAUGUUGGAAAGUUCAACAAGACUGUCCAGGAGAUUCACGUUUUGGGAAGUGGUUGGGACAAGACCCUGGGAGGUGACUCUUUGAACGAUCUGAUUGUCAACGACAUGGUUGCCAAGUUGGCUGAAGACAAGAAACUGAAAGACAAGGUUACUCCGGAGCAGAUCAAGGCCCACGGAAAGACCAUGGCCAGGCUUUGGAAGGAUGCGGAGAAGAUUCGCCAGGUUCUCAGCGCCAACACCGAGACUUCCACCAGCUUUGAGGGACUCUAUGACGAGGAACUCAACUUCAAGUACAAGGUUACCCGUGCCGAUUUUGAGAAGAUGGCUGCUGAGCACGUGGCUCGCAUUGGUGGUCCUCUUGAGCAGGCUCUUGCGGCCGCUAGCUUGAAGCUUGAUGAGAUCGAUUCUGUUGUUCUCCACGGUGGAGCGAUCCGUACUCCCUUUGUCCAGAAGCAGUUGGAGAAGAUCUGCGGAUCUUCCAAGAAGCUGCGCACUAAUGUCAACGCUGAUGAGGCCGCCGUCUUUGGUGCCGCUUUCAAGGGCGCAGCUCUUAGCCCCAGCUUCCGUGUCAAGGACAUCCGCGCCAGUGACGCGGCUACCUACCCCAUCGUCCUGAAGUGGAACUCGGAUGGCAAGGAGCGAAGCCAGAAGCUGUUCACGUCAGUUUCCCAGGUUGGCCCUGAGAAGCAGGUUACCGUGAAGAACCUUGAGGACUUCGAGUUCAACUUCUACCAGCAAGUUGAAGAGCAAGGUCUGCCCGUUCUGAGUGUUCAGACUCAGAACCUGACCGCCUCUGUGAACAAGCUCAAGGAUACUUUUGGCUGCACUACUGCCAACAUUACCACCAAGUUCAACAUUCGUUUGAGCCCUGUCAACGGUCUCCCCGAAGUGACCAGUGGCAAUGUCAGCUGUGAGGUCGAGGCCGAGAAGAAGGGCAGCGUUGUUGAAGAUGUGAAGGGCUUCUUUGGUCUCGGCUCCAAGAAGGGCGAACAAGAACCCCUUGCUGAGGAUGAGCCUAGCGAGUCGAUUACCCUCGAGCCCGAGUCUGAGUCUUCGAGUACCGCCUCUGCGAGCUCUUCUACGACGACUACCACUAAGGAGAAUGCCAAGCCGACUACCCAGACGAAGCUUGAGAUUAUUCCCAUCAACUUGAAGUCGACCCCUCUGGGAACCCAAGCUCCCUCUGUGGCCGAACUGGCUCGUAUCAAGGGUCGUCUGGCUGCUUUCGAUGCUUCCGACCGUGAUCGUGUUCUCCGCGAGGAGGCUCUCAAUGAGCUCGAGUCCUUCAUCUACAAGAGCCGUGAUCUUGUUGACAACGAGGAGUUUAUUCAGGCGGUCAAGGAAGACCAAUUGACUCUCCUCCAAGAAAGGGUCGCCAAGGCUAGUGACUGGCUCUACGAGGACAGCGACAAUGCCAAGACGGCCGACUUCCAGUCGAAGCUGAAGGACCUGAAGUCCAUCGUCAACCCCGCUCUGAAGCGCAUGAAGGAAUCUUCCACCCGCCCCGCUCGUAUCCAACUCCUCCAGGAUAUGCUCAAAAACGCAGAGUCCAUGAAGCAGUUGAUCGAGAGUCAGAUUGCCAACGACGAGCAGACUUACUCGUCUUCCCUUUCGGCUUCGAGCACCUCAACCGCCGCGGAGUCAGAGACCAGCUCCGAAGCCACCCCGACUCCUUCUCCUUCGGAUGAGACCCUGGAUGAACUCGACGAUGACUCGUACUCAACCUCGACCACCUCGAAGACCUCCACCAAGUCUUCGGCCGCGGCUAAGCCCACUGGCCCAAAGUACACCCUUUUCACCCCGACCGAUCUCGCCUCUCUGACAACAAUCUACGAGUCCACGAAGCCCUGGUUCGAGACCCAACUCGAGCUGCAGGAGAAGCUCACUGAGUCUGAUGACCCGGCUCUCACCGUCGUGGAAAUCGACUCACGUCUGCGCGAGUUCGAGCGCAUCCUGAACCGCAUGUACGAGCGUAUGACUGCCGCCGCUGGCCGCGAGGCCAAGAAGAACAGUGGCAAGCAGAAUAAGAAGAAGACCUCCGAGGAGAAGGGUAAGGGCAAAGAAAAGGCGAAGGAGGAGAAAAAGAAGGCGAAGGAGGAUACUAAGGACGAGCUGUGA